GUGCUUAACGCGGUACCCUCAUAUCCGCGGAAAUAAAAUAAAUAAAUUUCAAAAUCAAAAUGGGCUGUGCCGUGUCUAUGUCGCGCGUUUAGCUUUCUGCACUCCUACCACCACUUCCAUGGACGGCCUAACACCUUCACAGCUACAAGCGCUGAACCAGUUACGUGACCUUACGAAUGGUGGUGAUGAUGAUGUUGCUAUUGGGGUGCUUUCGAGUGUGGAGUGGGAUGUUCAGAGGGCGGCGGAUAUGAUUUUUGGGAGUGGGGCUGGGGCUGGGGCUGGGAAGAGGGUGGAGAGGUUCGAGGUGGAUGAUUCGCAGCAGGGUGUAGAUGAUGACCAUGAUUGGCCUCAGCGCACAACCUUCCCCUCCAACCCGCGCCCCUCUGCCCUCCUCACGAUCCUCACCUACCCCUUCCACGUCCUCUCCUCUCUCUUCCGAUUCGUCUUUUCCAUCCUCCGGAUUCCUAUCCCGCAUUUCCAUGUCCCGUUUUUGUCUCUGCAUUUUUAUAGGCCUCUGAAUGGUACUAGGGUGCCUAGGGGAGCAGAUAGCUGGAUACACGAUUUGGAGGAGGAGACGGGGGCGGUUUGUGUUGGGAGUAGAGGGGGUGGGAUGGCUUCUGGUGUUGCGGGGCCGUCGACUUCGAGGUUGGUGGGGAGAGGGAAUGGGGAUGGGGGGGAAGGGAGGAAGUACUUACCGGAUUUUGUGAGGGGGACGUAUGAGGGUGUGUUGAGGCGGUGUCUGAAGGAGGCGAGGGUUGGGUGUGUUGUGUUGGUUAGUGAGGAGCAUGAUGAUGAUGCCGAGUUUAAGAGGACGACUCUGACGGACCCGGAUUUCGUGAAUUUCCUCACGGAUAAUGAGUUUAUUGUAUGGGGCGGAGACGUUAGGGAGCUGGAGGCGUACUCUGCGUCGGAGAAACUGCAGGCUUCUACGUACCCGUUCGUUGCGUUUGUGGCUAUCCAGCCUACGAGGCAUUCGCAGGCUUCGUCGCCUCCGCCUACGCUUACGGUGCUUUCGAGGCAUCAGGGCUUGCGGGAGACUACUCCGGGGAAGUUGCUGGGGCACCUCCAGGAUAACCUCCUCCCGCGCGUGCAGCCUUAUUUGGAGCGCGUAAGGAGUUCGCAGAGGGCGUUGGAAAGGGAUCGGACGUUGAGGAUGCAGCAGGACCAGGCGUUUGAGGAUACGGCGAGGAGGGAUAAGGAGAGGAUUCUGAAGAGGAUGGAGGAGGAGAGGAGGGCUGAGGAGGGGAGGAGGGAGGAGGAGAGGAGAGUUAGGGAGGAGGAGGAAAGGGAGGCGGAGAGGAUGGUUUGGAGGCGGUGGGCGAGGUCUGCGCUUCUCAAGCCUGAGAACCCGGGGGAUAGACUGAGGGUUGCGGUUAGGCUGCCUGGGGGACAGAGGCUUGUGAGGAGGUUUGGGGUGGGGGAUACGUUGACGGUUCUUUAUGCGUUUGUGGAUAAGGAGUUUAUUCCCGCCGAGUUUGCCGAGGGGGAUGAUCCGGAGAGUCCACCACAGCCUGGGGAUGUCGAGAGUAUCAUUGAGGAAGGGAGCGAUUGGUGGGGGUUCACGCUGCAUAGUGCGUAUCCGAGAAUUGAGAUUCCUUGGGAGCCUAGGAAGAGAUUGGGCGAUGUGGAGUGUUUGAAGGAUGGGGGUGGCCAGUUGGUCGUUGAGCUUGCUGGUGGUGAUAAGAGAAGGGUUUCGUUGGACAAGGGGAAGGGGAGGGAUAAGGCUCAGACUCAGGAAGAUGAUGGGUAUGAUACUGAGAGCGACGAUGAGUAGAGUUCAUUAGAGUAAAAUCAUGUUUAUUGCCAG